GAGUGCGGACGUGUGAGCCCUAUUCCCGGUAUUUCGAAACUUUAUCCCGUACCCUUAGUGUUCGAAGUUUAGUGCGUGAUUGAGGUAAUUUUUUUUAAUCGUCAGUGAAUUGGUUUUCGUGUGAUGGUGUUUUGAGAUGUCCGUUAAAAAGGCAUAACACUACAUCUGGAGCUUGCAAUUGGAAAAUAAGAUAAAAAUGCCAGCGAUGCAUUUGACAAUAUGGACGAAGCAUUUAAGGAGGGCAUGAGACAAACAAAUCUAUCAUGCGUCCCGACCAGCUCUGGUUGGCGACCACCAUGCUGCUUCUCACUCUGCACCGCUCCGAAAUGAGACACCCGGGGGACUUCUCCGACUUGGACUUCUUCAACCAAAACCCCAACUUAAGACACCAUCACCGUCACAAACACAAGCAAGACCCCUUUUCCCACUUAAAAAUGUUCCCAAAUCCUGUUGAUUUUAAAAACGAUUUUGAUAAAAGUUUAGUUUACGAUAUUUUACCUUUGGAGAAUGAGAGGAAGAAUGAUUGGAUGAACAUGUCCAGCGAUCAGGUUGGAGAAAUGAAAGAUAAGAAGCAUCAUCCACAUUGGCCGAUUAAGAGGGAGGCUGUUAUUGAAGGGGAUUUGGUUCUUGGUGGUCUGAUGAUGGUGCAUGAGAGGUCAGACAACAUGACGUGUGGACCGGUGAUGCCGCAAGGAGGAGUGCAGGCGCUGGAGACCAUGUUGUAUACUUUAGAUAUAAUCAACAACGAGUUGAAGCUGAUCCCUGGGGUGACCCUAGGUGCCCACGUGCUAGACGACUGUGAUAAAGAUACUUACGGUUUAGAAAUGGCUGUGGAUUUUAUCAAAGGUUCAAUAAGCAACAUCGACGACGCAGAGUACGCGUGCAAUGCGACGGCGGUGCGCAAGGUGAUCUCAGGGGUGGUGGGCGCCGCGUCCUCCGUCACCUCCGUGCAGGUGGCCAACCUGCUGCGGCUCUUCAAGAUCCCGCAGGUGUCGUUCUUCUCGACGUCGCCGGAGCUGUCGAACAAGGCGCGUUUCGAGUACUUCACACGCACCAUUCCCUCCGACCUGCACCAGGUGCGCGCUAUGGUGGAGAUCGUCAAGAGGCUCGGCUGGAGCUACGUCUCCAUCAUCUAUGAAGAAUCCAGCUAUGGCAUUAAGGCGUUUGAAGAACUGGAAGCGUUGCUAGCGAGAAAUGGCAUCUGCAUAGCGGUGAAAGAAAAAUUGGUGAAGGACUCAGGAGUUGCUGACGAGAGGGCGUAUGAUGACAUCGUUCACAAACUGCUCACCAAACCAAGGGCCAGAGGGGCGAUUAUCUUCGGGUCUGAUCAGGAAGUGGCGGGAGUCAUGAGGGCGGUGGAGAGGAUCAACGCCACAUCCUCGUUCAGCUGGGUUGGCUCUGAUGGGUGGAGUGCUAGGUCCCUUGUCUCCGAUGGCAACGAGCGAGCAGUGGAAGGAACCAUCAGCGUGCAGCCGCAAGCCAAUGACGUCAGAGGCUUCAAGGAGUACUUCCUCAAUCUGAACGUGAAGAAUAACAAGAGAAACCCUUGGUUUGUUGAGUUCUGGGAAGACCACUUCCAAUGCCGUUACCCAGGCAGCCCGCGCACCCCAUACAACACGCAAUACGAGAGACUGUGCUCAGGAUAUGAGCGGCUCACAGACAACAACACCGAGUUUGAAAGGCAAUUGCAGUUCGUCUCCGAUGCUGUCAUGGCCUUUGCUUUUGCUAUACGAGACAUGCACGCGGCAGUUUGUGGAGGUCACAGCGGGCUGUGCCACGCCAUGAAGCCUGUGAGUGGAACUGACCUGUUGCGAUACUUGAGGAAGGUCAACUUCACUGGUCUGAGCAGAGACAAGUUCCAGUUCGAUAGCAAUGGCGACGGACCAGCUAGAUACAACAUUUUACAUUUCAAGCAGAUUGAACGAGGGACGUACCGGUGGCUCAAUGUUGGACAGUACCUUGAUGGGGAGUUACAACUUGACGUCGAUAACAUCCAGUUCAAGUUGGAGUCUCCCCGGCCGCCAGAGUCGGUGUGCAGCGCGGAAUGUGAGCUGGGCCAGGCCAAGCAGUACGUAGAAGGAGAGAGCUGCUGUUGGCACUGCUUCAACUGUACGCAGUAUGAGAUCCGGUCACCUUACGUGGAGACAGCCUGCAUGGUCUGCCCUCGCGGGACCCUGCCAGACCCCACAAGGACCCAUUGCAGACCCAUCCCAGAAGCAUACCUGAGACCAGAUUCGGCGUGGGCCAUCGGGGCCAUGUCUUUCUCUUCCGUUGGCAUUCUGCUUACUGCUUUCGUCUGCGGCGUGUGGGUGAGACACAGCUCGACCCCGGUGGUGCGAGCCAGCGGCAGGGAGUUGUCGUAUGUGCUGCUCGCUGGUAUCCUCAUGUGCUACCUGGUCACCUUCGCCCUGGUCUUCCGACCUACUGACAUCCUCUGCUCUAUACAAAGGUUCGGUACUGGGUUCUGCUUCACCGUUGUGUACGCAGCCUUGCUGACGAAGACCAACAGGAUAUCCCGUAUCUUCAACGCCAGCAAACAUUCAGCCAAGAGACCCAUCCUCAUCUCACCGAGUUCUCAGCUGGCGAUCUGCGCUGGAUUGAUUUCUAUACAGGUCCUCAUCGUAGUGGUGUGGAUGAUCGUGGCGCCUGCGCGAGCGAUGUUCCACUACCCGACCAGGGAGGACAACAUGCUGGUCUGUGACUCGUACGUGGAUGCGUCCUACAUGAUCGCCUUCUUCUACCCCAUCGUGCUCAUCGUCGUCUGCACCGUCUACGCCGUGCUCACCAGGAAGAUCCCUGAGGCUUUCAAUGAGAGCAAACACAUCGGAUUCACGAUGUACACGACGUGCGUGAUCUGGCUCGCGUUCGUGCCGCUGUACUUCGGGACGGCGUCGCACGUCCCGCUGCGCGUCACCAGCAUGGCGGUCACCAUCUCGCUCAGCGCCAGCGUCACGCUCGUCUGCCUCUUCUCGCCGAAGUUGUACAUCAUCCUGAUCCGGCCGGAGCGCAACGUGCGUCAGAGCAUCAUGCCGGUGCGCUACAGUCGUAAGCCGCCGCCGCCCACGCUCGGACACUCGCAGCUUAAGAAACCACCAUUAGCUGAUAAAGGGACCCAAACCGAGGCUGCGGACUUCAAGAAACUUAACGGCCAAACUUGUGUUAUGAAUGACAAAGAACAAACAAAAGUAGACGAAAAACCCAUCGACAGGAAAGAUAGUCAAAAUGUAAAUAAAAGUGAAAAAGUCCAAGAAACACAAUGUAACAAUAUCAAUAUCAAACCUAAUAAUAAUGAUAUUAAAGAUACACGUAGGCAUAGCAAAGUCCAGACGGAAAAUGAAAAAGCUGAUACUUUAUAGCAACGAAAAUCGACUAAGUCACUCAAUGGAGAAUAUCAAAGUAGCAAAAUAAAUUCUAGUUUUAAGAAAAAAAGCUGCUCGUGUAAAUUAAAAGAAAGGAAACCGGUCAUUGUGUAAAUUUAUAACAUUGUCCUUUUAUGAAGGCUUCUAACUUUGAAUCGGUUUCUACUAUUGUAAAUAUUAUAUUGUUAAUCAUACCUAAUCAUUUUGAAAAUUCUUCUCUAAUAUCAAUAAACUACGAAAUUUUACUAUUUACAUGUAUACCUGUUUCAUGAUUCUAAAGUACCCAACUUGUAAAUAUCAUCAUUCUUGUUAUGGUAACUGUAAGUUCCUCUUAGAAUGAUUCGUUCUCUGAAGACUUGGGCCUGUGUAUAUAUAGCAAUACUGUAAACUAUGUACAUAUUUUAAGUGAAGACAAACAGUGAUGUAUUGUAUAUACUGACGAUGUAUUUAUUUGUAUUGUUAAGAUUAUGGUGUUUGAUAUAUCAGAUGUAUAAAGUAAGUUAUGGUAAUGUAUUGGAGGACAAAAUAUGCACAAGUGAGAGUACUGAGCCAAGACAGUUGCGAUAUAAACUAGUUAUAUUUGUUGAUACUUAAGUUUUAAAGUUUACUCUAUCGUUAAGUUUACCUGUAGCUAGGUCUAUAAUUUCUUCCUUAUUAAUAAGUCUAUCGCCACUGCCUUUACUCUCUCUGUUCAUAUUUUCUAAAAUAACAGCAUGAUUAUAUUUACCAAAUAAACGGUUUGGAUGUUU